UUCUAUCGCUUUCUUCUUGGUAUAUUUUUGUCUGCAGCGCCAUCUACUGUCCACCAGCUUUAAUCCGUGCGAGUCUCUCGCUGUCUCAGGCUGCAAAUGUUUACUUCCGGAGCAUAGCAAAGACAUGGCAGCCUCCACAUCGAAAGCCAGCAUGCAGAAUUUACUACAGUUUAUGAAACUUAUAGGACAGCUAAAGAGAGUACCUCGGACAGGAUGGGUGUAUAGGAAUGUGGAGAAACCAGAGAGUGUAUCUGAUCACAUGUACAGGAUGGCUAUGAUGGCCUUUUUAAUUGGUGACACAAAGCUCAACAAAGACAGAUGUAUAAAACUGGCUCUGGUUCAUGAUAUGGCAGAAUGUAUUGUUGGUGAUAUAGCACCAGCAGAUAAUAUCAGCAAAAAUGAAAAACACAGAAGAGAAGAAGAAGCAAUGAAACAUUUGACUGGGCUGCUAAGUGAAGAUGUAAAAAAAGAGAUUUAUGAGAUAUGGGAGGAAUAUGAGUAUCAAUCCAGCCCAGAGGCCAAGUUAGUGAAGGAACUUGACCAGUUUGAAAUGAUUCUUCAAGCAUAUGAAUAUGAGGACCAGGAGAAGAAGCCAGGGCGAAUGCAAGAGUUUUUCGAUUCCACAAAAGGGAGAUUUCAUCACCCAGAAGUUGUCCAGCUAGUCAAAAGCUUAAAUGAAGAAAGAAAUUCCCAAAUAUCUGCUGCAGGCAGCAGUUCUGAGAGUUCCCUACCACAGGCAAUACAGUCACAGCUGCCCAAAGAAACAUUAUGAGGAACAUACACUUUUUAAAUACAUAUGUAAAAUACCUCACACUGCUUUUUGUCGUUCCAUACACAACACCAGUUUCUGAGGUGCAUAGGCAUGGAAUCAUCUCGGCUUUUGCCAUUUCAAGCAUGUGUUUCAGCUGGGUUUUUAUGCUCUUGCAGCUAGGACCUCCUGUAGCAAAGCAUUUAUUUUCCUGGAGAUCGAAGCCCUGCUAAUAAGAAUAAUGGUAUGGUUCAUUUGAAGAACCAUCUUUGAGCUGAUUGACCUUGCACAUUGAUUCUGGGGCCAUGAUAAAGCUACACUUGUAUGCAUCAUUUCAUUUGAAUUACCUAUUGAAUUAUUGUUAGUCAUGAUACACUGACUAAACAGCUAUUCAUAGAAACAUUCCCCUCGUGCUCCCCCGCGAAGAGGAUAUAGUGGAGGCGGUCAAACGUACAUAUAUCACACUUCACACAUUUGUACUGGCGAACUGCCUAUCCAAUUGUCAUUGUCAUAUUUAGUUUAAGAACAUCAGAUCCUGGUGAUUUAUGGAGGGGUUCUGCCAGUAAAUCUGUCCAUCUUUAUGUCUCAGUUACAUGUUUGCAUUUAUCUGAAGAACUUGUCCAGUUGUCAAUUGUAUUUAGCUUAAGUUAUUAAGAAUAUCAUAUUCUGGAGAUACAUAUGGAUGUCUGUUCAUCCAUCCGUUUGUAUGACAUCUUUUUGCAUUAAUCUGGAGAAUAGCUUAUCAAAUUGUGAUUAAACAUUUCCGUGCUAA